AUGCUCCCCUGCAGACUCUCCACCUGGACGUGUGGGGCCCAGCCCGCGUCCAAGGACAGGGCCGCGAGCGUCCCUGCUGUUUUGAUCCCUUGGAUCCGCGCUGUGCGUCUCCAGCUCCGCGAGCGGUUCGGGACGGAGUUUCCCGUCCUGCGUCUGCACUCUGACAGAGGUGGUGAGUUCUCCUCUGACCUCUUGCAAGACUUCUGUCAGGGGGAGGGCAUCCUCCAGUCGUUCACGCUUCCGGCCUCUCUGCAGCAGAAUGGGGUUGCUGAGCGCCACAUUGGCUUAGUCAUGGAGGUCGCUCGUACCUCCAUGAUCCAUGCGGUGGCUCCCCAUUUUCUGUGGCCGUUUGCAGUCCGGUACGCUGCGCAUCAGCUCAACCUCUGGCCCCGUGUCUCCUUGCCAGAGACCUCGCCCACACUGCGUUGGACGGGGGAGGUUGGCGAUGCGUCGGUGUUCCGGGUCUGGGGUUCUCGUGCCUUUGUCCGCGAUACCACCGCGGACAAGCUCUCCGCUCGCGCCAUUCCCUGCGUCUUCCUUGGUUUUCCCCCUGACGCGCCUGGCUGGCAGUUUUACCACCCCACGUCGCGUCGGGUGUUUGCCUCUCAGGACGUCACGUUUGACGAGUCGGUUCCCUUCUACCGCCUCUUUCCCUACCGCACUACCCCUCUCCCCCCGCCGCCCCUCUUCCUUGCUCCAGGUUCCCCUCCGGUUGACCCCCCCCCCCCCCUCAGGGUCCUGCUCCUUCAGGUGUGUCUCAGGUAG